AUGGCCGUCGAGUCUCGCACGAGCCACAGUGGAUGCAGUUGGUCAGAUGGCCAGGGACGAGAGGGACGAUAUCUUCUCGGCUUUAGGUACGCCCCGAACCCUCUGAAGACCUUUCGCGCGUACUCGCGCAGAUCCCGUGUUGACCAUAUACUGACGUGCGCACCAGCGAAGCUCGAUGGGACAACUAAGAAUGUGAGAAAGAAUGGCAUCGAGGAGCUUGCAUCCGUUCUCAAAUCGAGACGCAAUCGGGAUACUCUCGCUGAUCACGAUCUCCAUCGCGUGCUCGAAUGGAUCUACCAAGCCGUGAAGACAUCCAGAUCGGCCCAUGUCAAGGCCACUCGAUCUUCCAAGUCGACCACUGCUACCGACAAGCUUGAAGUUUGUGCGGCGGCCCUCCGCGCCACAGUCGAAGCCGGUCAUGCCGUGCUCAGUUUCAAGACCGCUACUUCGGUACUAGACCAUAUCAGAGAGUCUCUGCCCAUAUCUGAUGAUGAGCUAUGCGAACCUCUUCGUACUGAUUACAUCAAAGCAUUCCGAGUACUGGUAGACUAUGCCUCGUUUACAGAAUGUCUGAAGGAGAAGCAGUGGCAAGGCUAUCUCGAAUUCAUCGUCAACUUGAUAUCUGUGUCAACAGGAGAUGAUAUCCUCGGGAGUUCGUUUGCUUCGAGCCGAGAGGCAAGUUUAUCUAAGAGUGGAACCCCUCUUUCUGUACGGAUAAGCCAUUCUGCGGCUUCUCGCGGUGCGCAAUCAAAGUCUCACAAGACACUGGACGACCUGAUCGCUGCUCUACGCUCUCUGACUGCGCAAGCGAAUGCUCCCGUCCUUGAGAGAGCGGAGCUGAUUCUGGAUACUGUGAUCGAUUGUCUGUUCUCGACGACAAGAUCACAAGACGUGGCUCUCGAAACUUUCAACAAUGUGGCUCAAGUGCUGCUGGGCAGUGACGUUCGUCUGCUGCACCGAAGUAUCCUCGCACUCGUCCCAAUCUUUCGACGAAUAUGGACAACGAAGUCUUCGACAACACGAGAUCAGCUGCUUGGAACUCUGUCAUUCUGCCAGUGCUUUUUUGUGGCAAAGCCUACGUCACCGAUCGCUCUCGAGCUCGACACCAAAACGCAGCUGCUGGACGUCCUACAGACGGAGUAUCAAAGCAGAAGCAUUCGGGAUAUCUUCCAGAUUGAUGACCUUUCCCUCCUCCUGAGGAUGAACCCAACUGGCCAGGUCUGUCAUGCUCUGAUUGCUCAGCCCAGUUUAGCCUCUCCGCUUUCGAACUGGCUUAUGCUCUUGACAAUAGCUCGAUUACACUACGGAAUUCAUACCUCGACGCCACAGUCAGAACAGGACGACAUAUCGCAGAACCAGCCCAGAAAACGUCGGAAGGUGUUGACUCCUUUUGGAGAGCUCUGCCAACAAGCCACGAGGAGCACUGGCUUGGCUCAGGUUACCUCACUUCAGAUCCUGGCCUGGAGCUUGAGCGAGCCCUUCGGUGAUCAGAUGUUUGAGGACCAUCAAUACGUGUUCGAGGAUCUAGUUGCUUUGCUUGCCAACGAAAGCUCACCCGCUACUCCUUGGACUCUGUUGGUCUUGACAAAUCUUGCUUUGUUGAGACAAGCUGCGGACAGCCGGUACGGGGUGCUCUGGAAGCGUGUGUGGGACUCGACCUGCAGGGCAACUGCUACGGCGAAUCUAGCUCGUCCUGCUUGUCUACUAAUUGCGACUGUGGUUCAGAGGCGGCUACUUGAAACAUACCUGACCGCGCCUCUCUUGCAGAGCUCUCUUUUCUCCGGUGGUAAGAAUGGCCCCGGCAUCCUCGCAGAUACCGCCUUCCUGAUGUUCAUCAACAUCUUGCAAUCAGAUCUCCUCGACCGUGAGACCGCCUUCGAGGCUUUCAGCAUGAAAGUCAUAUCAUGGCUUUCAAUCUAUUGGAGCCUACCAAGCACGCUCGAUCGAAUACACAAUGCACAGGUGGCAGCUUACGCUCAACCAGAGCUCGUGUGUACCUUACUGGCAGCCCUAAAAGGCGCGAGUCUGGCGAUCAAAACCGUACCUAGACAACAGAGUGUAUCGUCACUCGCCUUACUCGAAGCGUGGUCUCGAGAAUCACAAGACCUGGGAUUUAUUAUGGCUGGGAGCCCAUUCGCUGUUGAGUUAACGUCGAAUCAGGUCAUAAACCUCACGUCAGUCUCACUGAGCGGCAAAAUUCGUCUUCGUCUUGAGUCUGCUAUCGUCGAGCUCUUGCAAGUCAAGCUACACGACUUCCAAGGUUCUUGGGGGAUAUUCAAUUCAGCAUCACGAGGAAGUGGUGUCAGCAAUGACAUCCUUCUCAUUGCAACGUCUCUUUGCGUGGUGAGCUACGCAAGCUCUGGGCGAUCCACAAAUGACCCGACGCCGCCGAAUACUACGCAAGAGCUGCCGACACAGUUGUGGGCUUCGAUUCAGGACUUGCUCUCCAAAAAGAAUCCCGAGUCCCAUAGUCGAUUAUUUCUCGUAGCUUCUAGGGUUCUACGAGUCCAAGAUGGUCUUUACGCGGAAGACUAUUUUCACGCGAAGCAACUCUUGCCCUGCACAAUAGUGCUCCGUCAAUUGCUCAAGGACGCAGUCCAGCAAUCUGAAGACGCGGAGAUUGAUGACGACGCAGAGGUUUUCGAGACAGUUCACUCACGGACUUCGCAAGGAUCACAGCUCUCAUCCGCGGUCUGUCAGGUGGAUGUUGUGCGACGCGAGCCACUCAACGCCCAAGUACUAGCUGACAGCCUGGCGUCUUGCAUCCUAGACCUUACUUCGGAGAUAGAGAAAGGCCGCAGCGAUGGCCAUCUCUCAGCCAAGGCCUCGGCAUCCUUCGUCGAUGAAGUCUUGCUAUUAGAGCCGGAGGAGCUUCUCAAUGCUCGAAAGUCCCUUUACAGCUUCCUCGCAAUUCACCCUUCCUUCGAACGCCAGGAUGUUGCCAGGCUCAUUGAAGCUUUAAUCAACGCAUGCCUCCACAAAAGCAAAUUUGAACGAAGUGAGGCAGCGCUGUGUCUCUGUGCCAAGACCCUCACUUACCUUGCCCAGUACUGGACUGCCGAUGGCACAGAUGAUUUAGUAUCACUGACAGAUGACAUGUACACGCAUUUCAUUGAGGAUGUGAUGGGUAAACGCAGGGCCUCCUCGACAGUCCUGUACAGCAUUGCAGAAAUGCUCGACGCUGUUGCAAGCCACGCUCCCAAUUUCGGAAAGGGGAGCUAUCCAUCGAUACGAACCAGUCUGCUGAACGUCCUCCGCGACGCUUCGUGCCUCAUUAAGGUUCGAAUUGCACCUAUUCUGACCCGACUGUUCGAGCGGUUUGUGCUAAGUGAGCACGGUGCAAUCUUCGGUGAUAUCGUAGAUGCGCUGCCAAGGAACAACGAUAACAUCGAUGGUAUCAGCGCACGUUUUCACAUCCUGGCAGACUUAGGUUCCAAAUGGCAUACGAUUCUCCGGCAGGCGAUCUAUUCACUCUUCGAGACUGCUGCCAGUGUGCCGUCAUUAGCUGAGCUUGGCUCAUCGCAGGUCGUCAGCAUGUGCACGAAGCUUCACCUGGGAUCCCCAAAGGAGCUGUUCUCGUUGUUCUCUUCCCCAAUCCUACAUACGUGGCUCGGACUAGGGAAGCUCAAUGAGGUACCAUUUCGCACCUUUGGCUACCACUCUCUGAAAGAAUUUUGCCUGGAGAAUGAGGAUGAGCUAGUCGCUCAGACUGCGCUUCGUUCUUCUGGAGCACACGCAAAAGAGCUUGCUGAGAUCCUCGAUAAGACGUGGAAAGCCAUGCUGCAACAAAACUUUGCGCGCGCAGAGGCAUAUUGCCUGGCGUCCCAAAUCUCUAUCCCAGAUAAAGACCAGCUUGCAGCAAAUUCCGAGGCAGCAAUAAGAAAAGACCUCACAACAUCGACCUAUGCUCUGUCGAUCCAGGCGGAGCUACCUGCAAUUAUAGCCAUGUUGUUCAAGACGUUGCAGGAUGAUCGGAACAUCGAGAGGGCUUUCGAAAAGGCUGGCCUGGUGAAAGCCCUGGCCGUUUUCCGUGAGAUGUGUCACACGUCGAAGUCUGGUGCGGUAUCAUUUUCGGUGCAACAACCAAAUUUCCGUUCUCGAUUCCUGAUUGACGAGAUUCAGUGGCUCUGCAGUCGGACCGACCACGAAUUCGCUGACAUCUGGUCACCCGCAAUGCUGACCUUUGUACAGCGCUCUCUUCUGCAAAGCGCUCACCCUGCGCUUGGUCCUCUACAUGCUUCCACUGUACUGCGUAAGCUGCGGAUCGUUGUCGCAUUAGGCGCUGCAGAUUCUGUACGAGGAUACCCUCUCGAGAUGCUCCUGCACAAUCUGCGCCCCUAUCUCACCGUCUUUCAGUGUUCUGAGGAUGCAAUUAACAUCUACCAGUACCUACUAAAGGAGGGGCAAAGAUACUUACAAUCGCGCCUGUCAUUCGUCGCCGGGCUUAGUAUUUCUGUUUUCGCGUCUCUUACAGCUUUCGUUGCCUUGUCUCAAGACAGCACCACACAAGAGAGCCAUUUCCUCUCGACUAUGUCCAAUGCUGAAUCAUUCCGGAACUGGCUUGGUACGUAUUUGCUUGGGUUAGAAGUGCAAGAGGGAGAGAAGUCAAAAUUUGAGACACUUUGUGCCAUCGUUGGACAUGCGAAAUCCAUGAAUGGUAGUGGAAGCAGCUCACAGAGUUCACACCAGGGGGCAGUUCUCCUUCUGCUGCUCGAGGACCAGUGCUCCGAAAAGCCAUUGCUACAACCAACGGAUUACUAUUUAUCAAUUUCGAUCCUCUGUAACGAUUUCGUCGGAGCCACUAGUCCAGCAGAUGACAUACUGGCUUCCCCUGCAGACGCAGCCCGGAUGAUACCGACCCUAGAGAAGACCUUGCGCCAUGCGACAGUCAAUAAACAGUUCCAAGCGUGGGCUGCUCACACAAUCGGCAAAGGGAUAUCGCUCCAGGGUCCGUUUGCAAGCGUGUCCCUUACGAGGGAGGCAGAUCCGCUGAUUCAGGCUGGACACAGUCUGAAUGAGUCGUCGUCUUAUGGUAGCAUCGUUAUAUUCUGGGAAAGAUUACUCUGGUCUCAGACCGGAGCAGCAGCAGCAUCGGCCGAACAGUGUCUCCAGGUUAUUGCGAGUGGCCUCGAGUCCAGCCAUGUAGCUGAAUUACUCAGCUCAGAAUCAAGUCAGCGCUUGUUGAAGGAACUCCGCUUCGAAAAGGUCAUCUGUCCUGCCAUGCGGAAUCAGUCAGGCAAGGCUCGACAAGGAAGAGCACUUCAACAUUGGCAUCUCACUAUGGCUCGUCAAAACUGGGCUGCAGAGUUGCUUGUCACUUUGUGCACUGAACUGGAGCAGGAUCUCAUUCUCAGUACACUCGAGUGUUUCGCAAGCAUUGAGCCUGAAUCAGCCGCACUUCUACUACCAUAUGUGGUGCAUAUUGUUCUGUCAGCAGAGCUAGACGGCUCCCAGAAGGUUCGUGCCAAACUCUCCGACAUUUUCACAGACCUGUUCGCGAACGACAACAAACUACGACAACAGGACACUCGUCUCGCCCUUGAUACUAUCAUCUACCUCCGAAGAUGCAGCAUACCAAACGAGAACAAUAUCUCCCGACGGGAUGGGUGGCUUGAUGUCUCCUAUGCAGAUGCUGCAAAAGCUGCGGCACGCUGUCAGAUGUGGCAUACCGCAUUACUACUACUCGAGUCGCACCAGGCAAACAUACAUCUACAGUCAAGUCGUACAUCUCGCAGGUCCACGGACUCAGCAGAACGAAGUCUUCCUGACAUUGUUGAUGCUAUUUUCCAAAAUGUUGAUGAUCUUGAUUUCUUCUAUGCAGGCCACGAAGACGUGGAUGUCCAGUCCAUUGUCCAGCGACUUGAACAUGAAGCCGCUGGGGAGAAGAUGCUUUCGUUCCAGUCCGCCAUGUUCGACGCUCGAGGCCGUGCUGAUGGCCGGUCCAGUGCCUUUGCAGACUCGACCAAUGCCACGGUGCGGGCUCUAAGUUCAGCCAAUUUGAAAGGCCUAUCACAAGUCGUGAGCGGACUGUCAAAUGGACAGCUCAAUGCAGUGGCCAUAAUGGCUGAUGAUGCCGCAUUCGGCCUACUGGAUUGGAACGUGCAGCCCGAGGAAACUUCCACAAAACACACCGGGUCUGCGCUCAGUCACCUGAGAGCUCUUUCGACCGCGUCCGACAAACAUGCCAUAAUGGCAUCGCUUGACGAUGGCCUGUCGUCCCUCGGCCAACAUCUAACGACAUUUCGACUUCAGCACGGAGAGCAUGAGGAGAGCCUCAUCGGCCUGGCCCUUCUGUCGGAAGCUAAGGAUGCACUAUCUUGCUCCAGCAAAGACGAUAUCGAGUCAUACUUUGAGUCCCUGGGUAGUAUAGACAAGUGGGGUUCGAAGGAAGACUUCGAUGUUGUCUCCAGGUUUCUAAACACCCGGGAGUAUGUCUUUGGUACCAUCUCGCGCAGCCAGCACCUGCGUACAGCUGUCGGUCUUACAGCGCCACAAGCGCUACUCCUGGAGGCAAGAUCAGUUCGGCAAUCUCUGCAGCUUGCGCAGAAGCACAACAGUGCUCAAUUUUCGCUCUCUCGCGCAACCUACUUCUCCGACCUUAGUCGUACAGCAGAGCCACUGGGCGUAAAUAUCGAGGUCGCCUCACACUAUGAUCUAGCGAGAACGCUUUGGGCGCAGGAGGAAGCAAGUGCUUCGGUUAAGAUCCUGAGGGGUCUAAGUCAGAGCUCUGACCUGGACAAGCAAGCCAUACCGGUUACGCUCUCUGAGAUACUUGCAGACCUCGGCCAGAAAGUAACGGAGGCACGGCUUGAGCCUCCUAAUGAAGUCAUCGAGAACUACCUGGUGCCAGCCUACAAAGAGCUUGGAUCCGACUCCGCAAGCGCGAAAGCAGGCCAGAUCUUCCACAUAUUCGCCGCGUUCUGUGACGGUCAGCUGCAAGAUCAAGAAAGUCUGGAUGAGUUCCAUCGCCUCACAGCCAUCAAGGAGACAAAGGAGGCCGAAAUUGAUGACUUGAAAAAAUUGCUGAAUAACCGUGAGACGAAGAAUCGCGAUCAUAUCAAGAAUGCCUACAGCAAAGCCGUUACUUGGUACAAGCUAGACAAGGAAGAGUGGGAUCGUGUGCGGCAGAACCGCGAAAGCCUUGUGCUAAGAUGCAUCGAACACUACCUUCUUUCGCUGAAAGCGUCAGAUAGUUUUCCGAACGACACGCUUCGAGUGCUGACCAUCUGGCUCGAUGAGGCCGACGAACCAAAGGCAACCGAAAUAGUAAAUACUCAUCUCAGAAACGUCCCGUCAUGGAAAUUUGCGGGAUUGGUCAACCAACUGAUAUCGAGACUUCUGGACAGCGAGGACGGGUUUCAGCAGUGCCUGAUGGAUAUCAUGUUCCGCAUCUGUUCGGAUCAUCCAUUCCACAGCCUUUAUCAGCUUUUUGCUGCUUGCAAGAGCAAGAGCAACAAGAAUGACGAAGUUGCAGUCUCCCGCCACGCGGCAGCGAACAAGCUGGCAGAUGCGAUUUUGAAGCGAAGCAGGUCCAAAGAGGUUUGGCCUACGGUUCACAAUAUCAACAUAGCCUUUGUGAGAAUCGCACAAGCAAGGCUCAACGACAAGGAUGUCAAAAUGAACUCCAAGCUACCUUUGAGUAAUCUUCCUGCCGGCGCUGAUCUCAUCCGAGAUGUGAAGAACGGCUCCAGGCGGAUCCCUCCACCGACUAUGAAGAUCGCCAUUCGGCCUGAUCGAAAGUACUCUUCCGUCCCGGUUAUGGUCGAUUUUGAACGCGAUGUCACCAUUGCCGGUGGCGUGUCGGCUCCAAAGGUGGCUGCAGUCAUUGCAACGGAUGGCUCCCGACACAAGAUGCUGCUCAAAGGUGGCAACGAUGAUCUUCGACAGGACAGCAUAAUGGAACAGGUUUUCGAGCAGGUGUCCAACCUUCUGCAAGAUCACCGCGCGACUCGCCAGCGCAAGCUGGGGAUCCGCACCUACAAAGUCGUUCCUCUGCUCGCCAACGCUGGCAUCAUCGAGUUCGUCCAGAACACCACGCCUCUACACGAGUAUUUGCUUCCAGCACACCAUCGCUACUUUCCCAAGGAUUAUACACACAACCGUUGCCGCAAGGAGAUCAGCAACGCCUCCUCCAAACCACUCGGACAGCGCAUUCAAGCCUAUCGCACCGUAUGUCAGAACUUCCACCCGGUCAUGCGCUUCUUCUUCAUGGAGCAUUUCCUUGACCCAGAUGACUGGUUCUACAAGCGCCUCAAUUACAGUCGCUCGACCGCUGCCAUUUCCAUCCUCGGUCACGUCCUUGGCCUCGGCGAUAGGCAUGGCCACAACAUCCUUCUUGAUACCAACACUGGCGAAGUGGUUCACAUCGAUCUCGGUGUUGCUUUCGAAGCAGGUCGCGUUCUGCCGAUCCCCGAGGUGGUCCCUUUCCGUUUGACCCGCGAUCUGGUAGAUGGAAUGGGCAUCUCCGGCGUCGAAGGUGUAUUCCGACGAUGCUGCAACUUCACGCUCGAGGCCUUGCGCCGCGAGCAGGAAUCCAUCAUGACAAUCUUGGACGUCUUGCGCUACGAUCCUCUCUACUCGUGGUCAGUCUCCCCUCUGCGUGUGGCGCGAAUGCAGGAAAACGCAAAUCGUGCUGGCGGGGCAGGGCAGGAGACCAAUGCGACGAGCACAACUGACGGUGCCCUCCCCGGUGGCGGAGGGAGGAGAAGAGACAUUGACGAGAGUGCAGAGGCGAGCAGGGCCCUGGCGGUGGUGGCUAAGAAGUUGGGCAAAGGCCUGAGCGUCGAAGCCACCGUCAACGAGCUGAUCCGACAGGCGAGCGAUGAACGGAACUUGGCGCUGCUGUUCUGUGGGUGGGCGGCUUAUGUAUAG